AUGGAUUAAGAUGUUUUAAGCGGAAGCGGUCGAUAGAAUUAAAAUUUAGUAAGAAGGAGAUCAAGCUUAAACUAAAAUGGGAUUAGCAACAAUACUCCCUCUUCCUCUAAAAAACUUUAAGCUAAAUAAGAAGAAUAAUCAAUUAUAAAUAUGGUAGUUUAAGUGCGAUCUUUGUAUAUAGAUUUAAAGAACCCUCAGCUAAAACUUCUAUUUGAACACAUCAAUAUUUAAUAUCUAUAAGAUAACUAGUUAAAUUAAAUCAAACUCAAAGCUUCAGUAUUUCAUAAUGAGAUAAGCAACGAAAAUUUUGAAUACACUUAUGAAUGCCCAGUAAAAAAAAAUAAAAGGGGUAUUUAAAAAGAAAAAGAAAUUAUAUUGGAUAAAUACGUCAGUUUUAUGCUAUAAUCAAGUCAUACCCUUUCUAAUGAUUAAGAAUUCAGUAAAAAUAGCUAUAUCCUUUUUGAAAUAUAUACAUAAGAUAACAAUAGUGGCAUAGUGAAAAAGGAGAGAGAGCAAAGAAUAUCAUUAAAUGAGUUAAAGUCCUAAACAGUAAUAGAAAAAAAUCUUAAGUUUUUCAAAGAAACUGAUACAAAUGGAUCAUCCAUUAGUAAAUUCGACUUAUAACUCCAAGCAUAACUUAUUUAUAACUAAAAAAGAUUUCUUGAUGAAAUUGAAAAGGAAUCUAAAAUUUGUAGGCUCGCAGUAUCAGACUCUUACAAGGAUUUUAAAUAAAACUUAAAAAAAAUGAAUUAACAACCAUAAAAUUAAUAACAAUAACAUUAGUAAAAUUUUUCAGAAACUUCUUAAUUGAGAUAUUCAAGUAAAGAGACGUUGUAAACAGAAAAUGAUGCCUAAGUAAAUCCAACAUUAAUUUUCUACAAUUUGUUUGAAGCAGACUUUUAGAGUCCCUCAAAUUAGAAAUUGCAAAGAUCAAUAUACUAUCCUAAAUCUCAAUAGUAUUUUGAUUCAACAAAUUAAUCCAACAAUAAAAUAUCUGCCCUCGAUUAUCAAGAAAGUUAUUCUUGUUAAUUUUAAAAUAACUACAUGGUCGAAGAAGAAGAUGAUGACGAAUAAGAAUAUGAAAAAGUUAAUACCAACUCAAACAAUAUUAUUAAAAGCGAAUUAAAAUAGUAUGAGGAAUAAACAAAAAAAAUCAAUGAAGAAGAAGAGGAAGAUAAUGAGGAGUACAAAUCUCAAUUAUUUUUAUAAUUCAAUUCUUUUAAUCCUCAUAAGAAUAAUAAUUUAGAUAUGUAUUUUAAAAAUGAUACAGAUGAGGUUAUAAAUAUGUUUCAAGAUAAAUAAAAUGACAUUGAUUUGUCAAGCCCCAUUUAUCAGUAAAGCGACUAAAGUGCUUAAGAAUUAACAUCUCCUAUUUCUAUUUAAAAAAACAUAUAAACAUCAAAUUGUUAUGACAAUUGA